UACGGCCGCAAGAGGGCGCGAGCUCCACUAUGGCGGCGCGCCGGCCGGCAAGGAAAAGAGGUGGUCCGCCUGGGAGAUGGAGAAAUUGGGACGGAGGAGCAGCGGCGAGAGGGGGCCCAGCCUCCUUCCUCAGCCGCGGGCUUCGGCACCCUGCCCCGACAAGCGCUCCACGCCGCCCGCGCUCUCAGGGUGGCCCCGCGGCGUCCGGAAGGUGACCGGGGCGCUCGGCUGCGCGCCUACGUCGUCGCCCGGCUUCCAGCCCGUGACCCCCCGGAAAGAGACAGCCAGGUCCUUCGGGGCGCCGCGCUCCGAAUGGCACGAGGGGCCGCCGAGAACGCGGGAGAGCGGGGACGCCCGGGCGCCGCAAGCCCCGCCCCGCGGCCGGCGCCCUGACAACGCGAGCGGCCCGGGCGGCGCCGCGGCUCCCCGCCCCUCGGCCGGCACCAGGCGGGGCUGGGACCAGAGCGCCGCCGCUGCCGCUGCCGCCGCCGCACGAGCCGAGCUGCUCUGCAGAGCCGGACCGGGACCGGGACCCGGAGCGGGGCCCGGGCCGGGGGCGGGGGGGGCCGCGGCCCUCGCUCCACCUUCUCCCAUCAUGAGCCAAGGAAGUCCCGGGGCCUGGGCCCCCCUCGAUCCCACCUCCGGGCCCUCAGCGCCCCCAAACCCGUUCGUGCAUGAGUUACACCUCUCCGGCCUCCAGAGGGUUAAGUGCUGCCUCCUGGGGGUGCUGCUGGCCCCAAUCCGAGUGCUUCUAGCCUUUAUCGUCCUCUUCCUCCUCUGGCCCUUUGCAUGGCUCCAAGUAGCAGGUCUCACUGAAGAGCAGCUUCAGGAACCCAUUACUGGGUGGAGGAAGACUGUAUGCCACAACGGCGUUCUUGGUCUGAGCCGCCUGCUCUUUUUCCUGCUUGGCUUCCUCCGGAUCCGUGUUCGGGGACAGAGGGCCUCUCGCCUGGAAGCCCCUGUCUUGGUUGCUGCUCCCCACUCAACUUUCUUUGACCCGAUUGUUCUGCUACCCUGUGACCUGCCCAAGGUUGUGUCUCGAGCUGAGAAUCUUUCUGUGCCUGUCAUUGGAGCCCUUCUUCGAUUCAAUCAAGCCAUCCUGGUGUCCCGUCACGACCCAGCCUCUCGCCGCAGAGUGGUUGAGGAGGUGCGGAGGCGGGCUACCUCAGGAGGCAAGUGGCCUCAGGUACUAUUUUUUCCUGAAGGCACCUGUUCUAACAAGAAGGCUUUGCUGAAGUUCAAACCAGGAGCCUUCAUCGCUGGGGUGCCUGUGCAGCCUGUCCUCAUCCGGUACCCCAACAGUCUGGACACCACCAGCUGGGCCUGGAGGGGCCCUGGCGUACUCAAAGUUCUCUGGCUCACAGCCUCUCAGCCCUGCAGCAUCGUGGACGUAGAGUUCCUGCCAGUCUAUCAGCCCAGCCCUGAGGAGAGUAAGGACCCCACCCUUUAUGCCAACAAUGUGCAGAGAGUCAUGGCACAGGCCCUGGGCAUCCCAGCCACCGAAUGUGAGUUUGUAGGGAGCUUACCUGUGAUUGUGGUGGGCCAGCUGAAGGUAGCAUUGGAGCCACGGCUCUGGGAACUGGGAAAGGUGCUACAGAAGGCUGGGCUGUCCCCUGGCUGUGUGGACACAGGGGCAGAGCCAGGCCGGAGUCGAAUGAUCAGCCAAGAGGCAUUUGCCCAGCAGCUACAGCUCUCAGAUCCUCAGACAGUGGCUGGUGCCUUCAGCUACUUCCAGGAGGAUGCCAAGGGUUUGGUGGAUUUCCGAAAUGUGGCCCUUGCACUAGCAGCCCUGGAUGGGGGCAGGAGCUUGGAGGAGCUGAUUCGCCUGGCCUUUGAGCUCUUUGCUGAAGAGCAGGCAGAAGGACCUGGUCGCCUGCUGUACAAAGAUGGCUUCAGCACCAUCCUGCACCUGCUGCUGGGUUCGCCCCGCCCUGCUGCCACAACUUUGCAUGCCGAGCUCUGCCAGCCUGGAUGCAGCCAAGGCCUCUCCCUCCGUCAGUUCCAGAACUUCUCCCUCCACGACCCUCUGUAUGGAAAGCUUUUCAGUACCUACCUACGCCCCCCACACAAGCCUCGAAGAACCUCUCAGAUACCAAAUGCCUCACCCCCAAGCAGCCCCACUGCCCUGGCCAACGGGACUGUGCAAGCCCCCAAGCAGAAGGAUGACUGAGCACCUCAGCCUCCCACUCCUUCCUCAGCUCGAAUCCAAUCCCCCCCCUCUCAGGACAGCGCCAGAGGCCUACCCCAUGCCUCAGCCCCAUCUCUGCUCCUGUUUGAUUUUUUGGUUAUCAUUGUUUUUUAAGUUUAUUUUGAUUUUUUGUUUGGUGGGGUUUUUUUGUAAAAGACUAUUUUAUAUAUAAAUAUAAAUAUAUAUCUAUUAAAAAAAAAUGAAGCU